AUGAAUCCUAUGUCAGAAGAAGAUCUCGAGUGGUUCAAGUCCACAUUCCGUCCCAUCCCGAAACCCGAGCUUCCUGACGAUAGUAUCGAGUAUUCGAUAUAUUAUAUUCCCUCUGACCCCGCCCCCGCUAUCGUGGAUGAAGCCGCAGAAACACGGUCGCGAUUAGCAGAGGUACAGCGGUCCGCAGCAGAAUUGACAAAGGAGCAUCUGAGGGAUUAUAUCUGGCAACGGGAGGGAUUUCGACUCGAAAUAACCAAAGAAGAUGGAAUCACUUCGUUGCGCGGGCGAACGAAUUUUGGCGACUCGAUUGAGGAUGAAUGGGUUGUUGUUUAUCUCCUGCGAGAAUUGACAAAGAAGCACAAGGAUAUUUGGGCCCAAGUUGUGGAUGGCGAUGGACAAUUUCUUCUUGUUGAAGCAGCUGGCGCUCUGCCCGAAUGGCUAGAACCUGAAGUAGCUGAUAACAGAGUCUGGAUAAACCAAGGAGAACUUGUCAUCAUCAAGCCGAAGAACCAAACGAAGCGAAAAGUGACGGAAACCAUUUCCCUUCCAGAAUCAAGAAGUAUCAUAACAAAAGAGCCCAAGCAGCUUAUGCGCUCUACGAUGAUCCAAGAGGAGGCAUUUUACCGGUUGCGCAAUUAUCCCAAACAAAUCAGCGAGAAUCUUCACUCGGCGCUGGUGACAAUUCCACGCAAGAUAGCCUUUUUAUUGCAUCAAAAGCCCGGUUAUAUUUCACCGGCUGUGGAAGCAUUCUAUCUAAGAGAUCCGAUUGCGCUACGACCCCUUCGAUCUAAAGACACCAAGGAUUUCACCUUCAAACCCGAGGAUCUCGUUACUGUGAGCGUUCGAUUUACUAGGGUCGGUUACGCGCAGCUAAAGAGUCAAGACUUUCCAGUGCCGAAGUCAUGGGAAGGAUUGUUGCCCUCAAAAGAAAAUAAAAAGGCAUACGACCGUGCUGAUACGGGGAUGAAGCUCUCUUGUGGAUUUGAAAUGCUUAUUUCCGAUCCACAAAACCAAGAUAAGCCUUCUGUUAGAGAAAUAAAACUUGUGCUAGAGGACCUGGACACAGAAGACGAAAAACUCCCUACAGAUGAGGAAAUCAAGGGCUGGGGCCAACGCGAAGAUGAUGAGAAAUGGCUAGACAUAAGCUUCGAAGAUCUAGACAGGGAACUAAAGGGCAAGGGUAAGGACAAAGAACAAGGACCUAAGGCCGAAGGUGCGUUUGGAGAUGCAAAUGCCCAGGAAAAUCUCCAGCGUAUCGUGGCCCGUUUUGAAGAAUUCCUGAACGACAACUCAACCGGCUUCGAAGGAGCUGGCUUUAUUGAUGACUUUGGCUCCGACUCCGGUGACGGGGAAGACGAUGAAAUGAGCAGUGAUGGAGAGGAUAAGGAAGCCUCUUUCGAUGAAGAAGAGUUUUCCAGGAUGAUGAAGGAAAUGAUGGGCAUGCCUUCAAUGCCCGGUCUUCCAGAUAACUCUCGGACAUCGUCGUCUCGCAACAGAGUGGAGGAGCUGGACAAUGCGUCGGAUGAAGAUGAUACAGAGCAAAUUCAGCAGCUCUCAAAACAAAUGGAAGCUGAACUGAGAGGCACAGGAGUCCUAAAUUUGAAUCGACCGAAACCAUCUUCAGGAAAGGAAGUGACGGCCGGGGAAAAAUCAAAUGACGCUCAGGGCGCUGAAAAUGCGGACGAGCAAGAUGCUGAAGACGAGGAUGCUAAUAUAAACCUUGCCAAAAAUCUACUGGAAAGCCUUCAGGGGCAGGCAGGUACUGCAGGUCCAGCAUCAAACCUGCUUUCUAUGCUGAACCUGCCUAUACCCAAGGAUGACCGCAGUAAAUAA